AUGUUGACCUUACUGAAGAAUAGUAAUAGAACAGAAAGAAUCCUAGUCACACUGAAGGCUUUGGGUUCGACCGACCUUCAGAUCACCGAAGUAGAUGCGGAGCCUGAGUUUAUUUAUCAAAGAGGCGAUGUGAAGCUUAAUGACUCGAACGAAGUUUUGAAAGCCUUGUGCGCCGAGUCUCCGCUGUACGGCACGCUUCCUGCGGAAAUGAAGGAACAAGCCGACGAGUGGCUGAAAUUCUGUUACGAACAGCUCGAGACUCCAGCGACGGUUCUCACCUGGUUACAAAAUGGUACUUUAACGCGUGAUCAGGUUCCUCCACUCGCCGAGAAGAAAGCGCGAUCUGAUAUCAUGAUGCUGCUUCGUAAGAUCGAGGUGCGUCUGAAGGAAUCUCCGUUCCUGGCUGGAAAUGAUCUCUCGAUUGCCGAUAUCGCGGUGGGAACGUGUCUGCGCCCGCUGUUCGUGCAUGUGCUGGGCGAGGUGGAGCGAAAGAACAAUCAAAGCAUGUGUGUGUGGAUCGAAAAGUUGUACAAAUCGGCGGCGUUUAUGGAGGUGUUUGGCGAGACGACGUUGUUGGUUAGUGCGAAGAAGGGUAAAAAGAAAUAGGAUGGUUUGUGGAUU